AUGGUCGACGACUCUGCUUUGGCCGCCGCGGCGGCCAUCGUGCAAUCCCUCGCCGCCGACGGCUCGACACCGAUGUCCCUCCCCUUCAAGGCCGACGCGCGAAUCGAGCUCCCCGGUCGUGACACCCCGGCGAAGCGCAGUCUGGAGGCCGAGUUGGCCAAGCUUGCCCAGAGAAUCGAGAAGCUCGAGAACAGAGCCCACGCAUCCGUCGCUUUCCCGGAAACCCCCAACGAGGUCCACGAUUCCCUGUUCGGCGACGACUCCGAGGCCACAUCGCCAUCAUCGUCAAAUAGCCGCCCCAUUCCCAGGCCAAAAUUCCAACGCGAAGGUACCGCCUCAGACGACCCAAGCCUCGCAGGCAGCCCGCUGACUGAUGAAGCCUUGGAAAGCUUGCAAGAGAAGGUACUUGAUCAGGAGAAGGGCAUUUCUAGCGCGAGACAGGAAAUAAGUAGUGUUAGCGCCCAGCUUCUUGAGCAGAAGGAACUGCAAGAGCAGGCCUUCUUCAAGAUCGAGCAAGAAAGAGUCGCUACCUUGGAACGGGAACUAUGGAAACACCAAAAGGCCAACGAGGCCUUCCAAAAGGCCCUGCGGGAAAUUGGUGAGAUCGUUACAGCUGUCGCACGCGGAGACCUCUCCAAGAAGGUCCGCAUGAACACCGUCGAAAUGGACCCGGAAAUCACUACUUUCAAACGGACAAUCAACACCAUGAUGGAUCAGCUGCAGGUAUUCUCAAGCGAAGUCUCCCGCGUCGCCCGCGAGGUCGGAACCGAAGGUUUGCUCGGCGGUCAGGCCCGCAUCGAAGGUGUCGAUGGUACAUGGAAAGAACUCACGGACAACGUCAACGUCAUGGCUCAGAAUCUCACGGAUCAAGUGCGCGAAAUUGCUUCGGUAACCACGGCUGUCGCCCACGGUGACUUGACCAAGAAGAUUGAACGUCCUGCUCGUGGUGAAAUUCUGCAACUGCAACAAACAAUCAACACUAUGGUGGAUCAACUGCGGACAUUUGCAUCUGAGGUCACUCGCGUCGCCCGUGAUGUCGGAACCGAGGGCAUACUCGGCGGACAGGCUGAUGUUGAAGGCGUCAAGGGCAUGUGGAACGAAUUAACGGUCAACGUCAACGCUAUGGCAAACAAUUUAACGACACAAGUGCGGGACAUCAUCAAGGUGACGACUGCCGUCGCCAAGGGAGAUCUCACUCAAAAGGUUCAAGCGGAUUGCCGGGGCGAGAUCUUCGACCUCAAGUCUACCAUCAACUCUAUGGUUAACCAACUUCAACAAUUUGCUCGGGAAGUCACCAAGAUUGCCAGAGAGGUCGGCACCGAAGGCCGUCUCGGUGGUCAAGCCACCGUUCAUGAUGUCGAGGGAACUUGGAGAGACCUUACUGAGAACGUCAACGGUAUGGCCAUGAACUUGACAACGCAAGUUCGAGCCAUUGCCAAGGUCACGACCGCCGUCGCCAACGGUGAUCUCACAGAGAAAAUCCGAGUGCCUGUCCGCGGUGAGAUUCUUGAUCUCAAGAACACCAUCAACACUAUGGUUGACCGUCUGGGCACGUUCGCUUUCGAGGUCAGCAAAGUCGCGAGGGAAGUCGGCACUGACGGAACUCUGGGCGGACAAGCUCAGGUCGACAACGUGGAAGGCAAAUGGAAAGACCUCACAGAAAACGUCAACACCAUGGCCUCAAACCUUACGUUACAGGUCCGCAGCAUUUCAACCGUCACACAGGCUAUUGCGAAUGGCGACAUGAGCCAGAAGAUCGAAGUUGAGGCUCAAGGAGAAAUCCGGGUUCUCAAAGAGACCAUAAACAACAUGGUUGACAGGCUUUCUAAUUUCUGCAACGAAGUGCAGCGAGUAGCCAGAGACGUCGGUGUUGACGGCAAGAUGGGUGCACAAGCAGACCCUGCCGGCUUGAAGGGUCGCUGGCGGGAGAUCACGACGGACGUCAAUACCAUGGCCAGCAACUUGACGACUCAAGUGCGCGCAUUCUCUGACAUAACCAACCUGGCGACGGACGGAGACUUCACGAAACUCGUCGAGGUUGAAGCAUCUGGCGAAAUGGACGAACUGAAACGAAAAAUCAAUCAGAUGGUGUCAAACUUACGGGAUAGCAUCCAGAGGAACACACAAGCUCGUGAGGCGGCAGAGUUGGCGAACAAGACGAAAUCAGAGUUCCUGGCAAAUAUGUCUCACGAGAUUCGCACACCCAUGAACGGUAUUAUCGGCAUGACACAACUCACCCUCGACACGGACUUGACACAAUACCAGCGAGAAAUGUUAAAUAUCGUCAACAGUCUUGCCAACAGUCUGCUCACGAUCAUUGACGACAUUUUGGACUUGUCCAAGAUUGAGGCUAGGAGGAUGGUCAUUGAGGAGAUUCCGUACACUCUGCGUGGUACGGUCUUCAAUGCUCUCAAGACCUUGGCUGUGAAAGCCAACGAGAAGUUCCUCGACCUCACGUACCGAGUAGACUCCUCAGUACCCGACCAUGUCAUUGGCGAUUCGUUCCGUCUUAGGCAGAUCAUCCUGAACCUGGUCGGCAACGCCAUCAAGUUCACCGAGCAUGGAGAGGUCAGUCUUACAAUCAAGAAGGCCGAUCCGGUGGUUUGGAAGUGCAACCCCGACCAAUAUGCCAUUGAAUUUGUUGUUACCGACACGGGUAUUGGCAUUGCGGCCGACAAGCUCGACCUCAUUUUCGACACUUUCCAGCAGGCCGAUGGAUCCAUGACUAGAAAGUUCGGCGGCACCGGACUUGGUCUAUCCAUUUCGAAGCGUCUAGUGAAGCUCAUGGGCGGUGACUUGUGGGUUAAGAGCCAGCACGGUCAGGGCAGUGAGUUCCACUUCACAUGUCGCGUUCGCCUAUCAGAUCUCGGCGUCGAGUCCAUUGAGAAGCAGAUCAAGCCCUACAAGGGUCACCAAGUUCUCUUCGUCGACAAGGCCCAGACCUCGUACGGCGAACAGAUCCGGGACAUGCUUCAUAAGAUCAGCCUGCAGCCCGUCGUUGUUCAGUCGGAAAAGGACCCAUUGCUCACUGGAGUUCGAGACGCUCAAGCGAUGCCAUACGACGUUAUUAUCGUCGACUCCAUCGACACCGCUCGCAGACUCAGGUCGGUGGAUGACUUCAAGUACCUGCCUAUCGUUCUGUUGGCGCCUGUCGUUCAUGUGAACCUCAAGUCCUGCUUAGAUCUGGGCAUCACGUCGUAUAUGACAACACCAUGCACAGCGGUUGACCUGGGCAAUGGCAUGAUUCCUGCCCUCGAGAACCGCGCCACGCCAUCGCUUGCGGAUAACACGAAGUCCUUCGAGAUUCUGCUUGCAGAAGAUAACCGAGUCAACCAGAGGCUUGCAGUCAAGAUCCUCGAGAAGUACCACCACGUGGUCACUGUUGUCGGCAACGGUCUUGAAGCCGUCGAGGCAAUCAAGCGGAAGAAGUUUGACGUCAUCCUCAUGGACGUACAAAUGCCCAUCAUGGGCGGCUUUGAGGCAACUGGCAAGAUCCGCGAGUAUGAGCGAAGCCUUGGCUCGCAUCGUACCCCUAUCAUUGCCCUGACAGCCCACGCCAUGAUGGGUGACCGUGAGAAGUGCAUCCAGGCCCAGAUGGACGAAUACCUGUCCAAGCCCCUGCAGCAAAACCACCUCAUCCAGACCAUUCUCAAGUGUGCUACCCUGGGGGGUCAGCUGCUGGAGAAGAACAGGGAGAGAGAUCUUGCUCAACAAUCCAGGGUUAAGGCCACCGGGAAUGAGCAACCUCAGUCUCACCUCCGCCCACCUCUGGAGAACCGAGCCUUUUCAUCAAUAGAACCAAUGACAGGGCCUAGUCUGGCUAGCCCGUCCUUGGUCACGGCGGAUCAGGAGGAUCCCAUAACUAGGGCACGUAACGGCCUUUCCGACUCGCGCAGCCUAACAAGCUAA